AUGUCCAGGAGACUUGCAGUGAUGCUCAGGAAACGCGCAAACGUCAACCCCAACAUUUGGCUCAUGAGACGCUUCGACCGACAUCCGUUUGUCAUGUCUUAUCCCAAGCUAGUUGCUUUAGACACCGACUGGACCAUAUGGUGGGGAUGGCUUGAUAUCAAUAAGCUUGGAAAAGGACGCAAUGCGUAUAAUCCUCUCGAGGACAACCUCGAGCAGGAGAAUGGCUCAGAAUGGAUUCUCAGAGACAGAACAAACCAUAAGGAGCGCAUUGGCAUGUACGGCAAAGUACCUGACAUCAUCUACGAUAUUUUGAAGAACGGUGCCAAACUGGCGAUCGUCUCCCGUAACAAGAGCAAGCCUGCGUGUGAUCGAGCUCUCUGGUGGUUCAAGGCAACAGACCGAAAGAAGCCCAUCAUUGAUAUGGUCGAUUUCGACGAGGUCUACGAUGGUGAGAUUCUCUUUGAUGACGAGGCGACGAAUAACCUGGUUCGAGUAGUGGAAGGUCAAAGUCUGCAGAGCUACUCGGACCCGAUGUUCAUUGGAUUCGCUGGCAUGGACGAGCAGACGGUAAACUUAUUAACACAGGGACACCAUCGCGUCGACCUCACAGAAUCCGCUCGGUGGGGCUACGCCAUAGCAAAGUUUUUCGCGGAGUGGAUCAAACAGGAUGCGUUUGGACCCAACGCGAAGACGUACGUGUGCGAGCUCUGGGCCAGAGACAGGAACAAGUUUCUCGCAACUAACAAGAUCUGGUUCCCUGAAGAGGGUAAAUUCCUGAACAACGUUCACACCCAGACCGCGUUCCAAAUCGGAUGGGACCAGGAGAACCGCGACGCGCAGGCCGCGCGGUGGGGUUCUCCGACACCUUACAUCCUAUUUUCGCGUCACUGGAGGAUGUCAGAGAUGCCUCCUUCCAUCGGUAGCGGAAGAUGGAACGAGAUGGUUAUCUACACGCAGAUCCAGGAUGCGCUAAUGUUGACCAUCCCGCUUAGCGAGCAGCAGGUCAUUGAGAAGAUCCAGCUUGGAGGCAAGUUUGUGCCGUUUGAGCAGCAGCUCUCUGCAUGGAACAUCAAAGUACCCAACGAGACUUGGGCCGAGUUUAGAAAAUACAGAGAGAAUAUUCGAGCCUGA